AUGAUCCAUCUAACUAUCAAUGGCCAAGACGCUUAUGUUAGAAGAAACACAACAAUUAUUGAAGCAUGCAGGCAACUGAAUAUUUAUGUACCAACAUUAUGUUCACAUCCUGAUCUCCCUCCAAUCGGCGCAUGUGGUGUCGAUGUUGUAAAAGUAAAUGGCUCAUCACUCCAACGUGCAUGUGUUACAUAUUGCCAGGAAGGCAUGGUCGUUGAAACAAACACGAUGGAUGUUAAGCAGCAAUCUUUAUUAAAUUUACAAAAAUUUGCACCGGCUACGAUGAUGCAAAAAACACCAGAUAUUGAAGAUUUAUGGAAUUACUAUCAACCUAAGCAAGGACUUCCUUAUCCACCACAACAAAAUGAUUCAAUUCAAUGGGACAAUACAAAAUGCAUCAAUUGUCAUCUCUGUAUUCGUGCAUGCACCAAUGUACAACAGAUUGACUCAAUUGACUCCGUGACUCACGCCAUCGAUGAUAGCUGCAUCAGAUGUGGUCAUUGUCUUACAGUUUGUCCUGUUGCUGCACUUACUCCUUUCCCAUCUAUCGGAAGAGUUCUUGAAGCACUUGCAUCCGAUAAGAUCUGCGUACUCCAAACAGCUCCUUCUGUUAGAGUUACAAUAGCUGAAGGAUUUGGCCACGAUCCCGGCACAAUCUGCACAGGAAAGAUUGUCGCAGCUGCAAGAAAGAUGGGCUUCAAGUACGUUUUCGAUAUCAAUUACGGUGCUGAUCAGACAAUUAUAGAAGAAGGCACUGAAUUCAUGGCAAGACUCCUUAACCAUGAAGCUCCUUUACCACAGUUCACUUCCUGCUGCCCAGGAUGGGUUAACUUCGUUGAAACAAAGCAUCCAGAAAUUAUUCCAAAUCUUUCAACAGCAAAGAGCCCACAUAUGAUGAGUGGUGUUGCCAUCAAGACAUAUUUCGCUCAAGUAGCUGGAAUUCCACCAGAGAAAAUCUUCACUGUCUCAGUUAUGCCAUGUACCGCGAAGAAAGAUGAAAUUGAGAGGCCACAGCACAAAGGAGUUGUCGAUGCUGUUCUCACCAGUGUCGAAUUCGUAGAAAUGAUCAAGAAUAACUACCAAUUUGACUGGGAUAAUCUUCCAGAUUCUCCAUACGACAACAUUCUCUCAGAAUCAACAGGUGGUGCAACAAUUUUCGGUGCAACAGGUGGUGUUGCCGAAGCCGCUUUGAGAUUCUGCUACGAGAAAAUGACGGGACUUCCAAUUGGACAGUUGAUCUACUCAGAUCUCAGAGGUCUUGAUGGUGUUAAGACUGCUACAGUCAAUAUCGCAGGAAACAACAUCAAUAUCGCUGUUUGCAACGGUGUUGGUAACGCUCAUGACUUCAUUAACUCUGGAAUGUACAAAGACUUCCAUAUCGUUGAAGUUAUGGCUUGCCCAGGCGGAUGCGUUGGCGGUGGUGGCCAAGUUCUCCAUUCAAGAACAGUUUUGAAGAAAGAUAUUCUUCAGGCCAGAAUUAACUCACUUUACGCCAUCGAUAAACAGAAGAUUGCUGAAGGAAAGUCAACAACAAACGAAAACACUCAACUUCUCAAAAUGUACAGAGAUUUCGUUGGAGCUCCUUACAGCGCUAGAGUCAAGCAAUUGUUCCACACUUGGUACACUGAUAGAUCCCUCAAGAGGACCCAACUCGGUUAUUAUAACUAUCAUUAUAGACAAUAA